UGAGUUGAAACCGCGAGCGCGCGGCCGCUCUACGUCCAAACUUUUUGGCACCGCGUACUUACAUUAAAAAAAACAAACGUCAAAAUUGCCGCGCUUUUUAUAUUUGAAUUCUUGUGUUAUUUCUCGUAAACUUUUGUUGUGGUAUUUGCAUUUUGGACUCGUGUUGUGAUUUGGAUUGUUUCAAAUGCUUUUCGUUGGAUUGUACAAAAAUGGAUGAUUGUGUGUCUGUGUGUGUAAGUUAAGUGUUAUGGUACAUCCGUGCUAGUGUUGGGCCCUGGGCCAAUAUGUUGAACAUGUUCGAUAUGUGGAACUCUGUUAGUACCAAGUUGGAGCAGACGAAUGUCCAACAAAGCCAGCAACCGCAUACUUCAGGUGGGAGCAUUAAAGCUCAAAUCGAGAUAAUACCAUGCAAGGUCUGUGGCGACAAGUCCUCCGGGGUCCACUACGGAGUCAUCACCUGCGAGGGGUGCAAGGGAUUCUUCAGACGUUCCCAGAGCACAGUGGUGAACUACCAGUGUCCGCGGAACAAGGCGUGUGUUGUGGACCGCGUCAACAGAAACCGCUGCCAGUACUGUCGACUACAGAAGUGCCUCAAACUUGGCAUGAGCCGUGAUGCGGUGAAAUUCGGACGUAUGUCGAAAAAGCAACGUGAGAAAGUGGAAGAUGAGGUGCGAUUCCAUCGCGCACAACUGCGGGCGCAGAACGACACGGCACCUGACUCCGUGUACGACGCCCAGCAACAAACUCCAAGCUCAAGCGACCAGUUCCAUGGUCAUUACAAUGGAUACCCAGGCUACGGUUCUCCCCUCUCCUCGUACAACUACAGCAACGCCGGACCAGCCCUCAACUCCAACAUGGGUGGGAUCCAGCCGCCACCACCACAACAGCAGCCGUACGAUGUGUCUGCUGACUACGUCGACUCCACAACAGCAUACGAACCCAAACAGACUGGUGGGUUCCUAGACCCAGACUUUAUAAGUCACGCGGAGGGAGACAUAAGCAAGGUCCUCGUGAAGAGUCUGGCUGAAGCUCACGCAAACACCAACCCCAAGUUGGAAUUCAUACACGAAAUGUUCAGAAAACCACAGGAUGUAUCUAAGCUUCUGUACUACAAUUCAAUGUCCUACGAGGAGAUGUGGCUUGACUGUGCGGACAAAUUGACUGGCAUGAUACAAAAUAUCAUUGAGUUUGCCAAACUCAUACCAGGGUUUAUGAAGUUGACGCAAGAUGAUCAGAUCCUUCUGUUAAAGUCUGGUUCAUUUGAGUUGGCAAUUGUGCGACUUUCCCGACUGAUCGACGUGAAUCGUGACCAAGUAUUGUACGGAGACGUGGUACUACCUAUCAGAGAAUGCGUGCAUGCGCGUGACCCUCGGGACGUGGCUCUGGUGGUGGGCAUCUUCGACGCAGCGAAGACGAUCGCGAGACUCAAACUGACUGAAACUGAGCUGGCGUUAUACCAGAGUCUGGUGCUACUGUGGCCAGAGCGGCACGGCGUCCGCGGCAACCCUGAGAUCCAGUGCCUCUUCAACAUGUCCAUGGCGGCGAUGCGUCACGAGAUCGAGACCAACCACGCGCCGCUCAAGGGUGACGUCACAGUCCUCGACACGCUGCUCGCUAAGAUACCCACCUUCAGAGAACUGUCCUUGAUGCACUUGGAGGCACUCUGCCGCUUCAAGGCCGCUCAUCCUCACCACGUGUUCCCAGCACUCUACAAGGAGCUGUUCUCACUUGACAGCGUCUUAGACUACACUCACGGCUAAGGGCCUCUCACACAAGCCAGGUUACACGUAAGACCGAUCUCAGUUUUGCCCAUAAAAGCUAGAUGGAGGCAUUUCGAGACGUAAAAGACUCACAAAUUGAAUGAUUGCAGACAGCUAUUUUUUAUUCCCAAAAACUGAACGCAUGUAAAGUCUUGUUAAUAUUUAUAAAUUGUAUGUAUGUACCUUAAGACUGUUCUAAUGUUUACUUAAAAGUAUGUACGUACAAUAAAUUAAAAAGGAGUUUUUAUUUAAUUCGAUUCUAGUUGUAUUUAGGUGCGCUCAGUUUUGCAUAAAUGUCAAAUAUGAUUUUUAUUUGUUAUGAAUUUGAACUUUUUUUUUCGUAACAAAAAAUAUAUUGUGUAGCGUUAAACACGUUUUGUGGGUAAUUUAAUACAUAAUUAUACAUAUUAUUAAAAAAUGUAUGUUUGAUUGUGUAUUGUAUACAAAAGAAUAUCGUAAUAUAAUUAUCGUAAAGUGUAUCUAACUCUGAUGAAGAAAUAAUAAUAAUUAUUAUUAUAUAAAGAAUAUAAUAAUAGAAAUAGAGUUUUUAUUAAGAAAUAAAUAAAAAAGUUAUAAUGGUGUAGCAUGUUAAUCACAUAGUUUCAUUCGGACGAAACGUUUUUUUAAAUAGGUCUCUUUUUUAUUAAUUUUAACAGUUUUUUUUAAAGAAUGUAACUUGUUAUUUAUUUCAAAUGAUUAUUAUUAUUAUUAUUGAUGUUUUUUUCUGUAGAUUUUGGAUAUAAGUUGUAAUAUAGGAUACAUGAUACUGCCCAUUUUUUUGUAUUUUUUUUCGUUGUUUUUUUAAUGAUGAAAAAUAGAAUUAUAAAUAUGACGGUUUACUAAAGCGAUGAAAAUGCAAAUUAUAAAUUAUAUUAGUAAGUUGAUUAAUUAUGCAUUGAACAAAAUUCAAUCGGGAAUGUAAAUUUUCGAAAUGAAUUUCUUUUUACGGACAAAAAUCAUUUUUGUAACGUUUAGCAGGCAAUUUUUAUUUUUGUUUUCUCGCGAGUAGAGUAAAUUUGAUCUCAUUUUUUUUUUCAUAUUCUUUGCUUGGGUGCCAUUUUCGGUGAAACAAUUUUUGCAUAAUAAAAUAAACGAGAAAAACUUAAAUAUAAAAAAAACACAAUUCUGCAUAAUAAUCUGUUGUAUUUUUUCCGGGAUACGUAAAUUAUUUUUUUACUGUUUUUAUUUUUAUUUAGCUUGUCGCGAUUAUACGUAUAUUUAAUUUAAUUCAAAUUGCCUGCUAUUAAUAAUUAGAAGUAUGAAAUAACCAUCAAUUUUCUAACAUAAUGCUAAGUUUGUCGAAUAGCCUUUACUAUAUAGACUGGAUUAUAAUGUUAAUAAAAAAAUAUAAAUCUUAA